UGCCCCGGAAGUGACGUCUGGAUGACGUCAGAGCGUUUUGUAAGGUAUUUCCUACUGCGCCUGCGCUUGGUCAGAUUGACCUUCACGAAGUUUCCGUACAGAGCUGUCAGGACACCGGUGUGUUCGCGUGUUUCUCUCAACUUUCUCCAAUCUCAGCGAAAAAAACAGAGACCAUGGCGGAUGCAGUUGCGAAAGGCAACCCAGAGAAGGGAAAGAAGGUGUUUGUACAGAAGUGUGCCCAGUGUCAUACAGUAGAGGCGGGAGGCAAGCACAAGACUGGGCCCAACCUGAAUGGUCUGUUCGGCCGCAAGACUGGACAGGCUGCAGGCUUCUCUUACACCGACGCUAACAAAAACAAGGGAAUUACAUGGGCCGAGGACACCCUCUGGGUCUACCUGGAGAACCCUAAGAAGUACAUCCCCGGCACUAAGAUGGUCUUCGCUGGCUUGAAGAAGAAGGGCGAGCGAGCAGACCUCAUCUCCUACCUGAAGCAGUCCACCGCUUCUUGAUGCCGGCCCCGAGACGUCUCCUCCUCUGCCACUGCUUCUUACACUUACCUAGUGGUUUUCUUACGUAUCCUAUCUCUGAAGACGGAUCCAUGUGAAAGUGUUAAAGGAAUUAGCCAACCUAUUUCCUUAUGCGCUUCCUUUUAGUAAAUUAUUGCCAUGGCUGUAGUAAUUGCUCUUACUUGUUACCAGGCUUGUUGCUGUACAGAAAUUACAAGUGAUUGUCUUGCCACUUAGCGAUGCUUCUGUUUUCUAGACCCACAUUGGCAGCUAGCUAUAAGUUUAACAACACCCUUUUGUGAUUGGUUUAUUCCUUGAGACUUUUUGGCGACGCCUCAGGGGCGAGCCUAGUUUGGAGUUUGAAGUGAGGUUCCUGUGAGGUGGGUCAUUAUCAUGGACUGAAAUGUACUGAACAGAAAUAAGAAGUGCGGAAAUCACUUCAAAUUUGUCUUCAUUGAUUGAAUACUACAGCAGACUGCGUAGUUUUUAACUCGCUAAGAUAUUUUGAAAGUAUGAUAUUGUGUAAGAAUUUCUUUUUCGGAGUAAAUUUCGUGUGAUUUAAAUUAGUUUAAUUAGUUACUAGGAAAAAUAUGAAAAUCGUUGUAGCAGAUGGCUUGACAUUAAAAGGGUGGACUAGGGAAAAAUGGGGGGGUUAUGUGGUCAAAAUUAAAAUGGUCAAAAUUUCUGUAAAAUUAGAUGCACCACUACAGUUUUUCUGGCACACUUUUUAAGUAGUGUUGGACACUGAUGUCUAGAAAAAAGUGCUUAUGUAUUUCCCUAGUCCAACCCUGACAAAUAGUUCACCGUGUAGUGUGUUACAAUACUCUGAACUGUGUUAUCUAUUCAAGAGUGCAGUUUGGUCUUCUGAAGAAUAUAAUAAACAUUUUGCUUGUAGGA